UGUUUCUCUACUUGCAGCUAAAAGAUAAACUAGGCCGGAAAGGCCUCGCCUUUUCACCUAGUUUUCAGCAGAUAGAAGGCCCCUUAUUCGCCACUCACACUAUUCACUAUGGGGUAUAGAGAUAGGAGAAUCAGCCUCAGUGCCUCACUCACUGGUAUGUAGUUCUACACGUCUGUGGAUUGUUUUUUUCUUGCUCACUGCUCCGGACGUCAAUAAUUUGUGUGAAUUUUCUGGAAAUAAGGUUCUCGAGGAGACCACUUGUCUUGACUUGCUCUGGGCGCUAAUGCGAUGAACCUACGGCCGCGUCCCCAGGCGGCUCGCGGCCAGGAGCAGCCAUACGCGCCGCCUCCGCCGUAUUACGAGCCAUUCAAUAUCAUUCCGAUUCAUAACCUAUUAGCUGACCACCCUUCUCUCCGGUUCCCGGAGGUACGGGCCGCUGCUUCCGUCUUGCGCUUCGUCGGCGACCUCCGAAAGCCACCAUUCAUACAGUGGCGAGAGUCUCUGGACCUCAUGAACUGGCUGGGGCUAUUCUUCGGUUUUCAAGACGACAACGUGAAGAACCAGAGGGAGCACUUGGUUCUUCACUUGGCGAACUCCCAAAUGCGCCUCCAGCCACCGCCCUCAGCCCCCGACCGACUUGACCCCAACGUUCUUCGCCACUUCCGCCAGAAACUCCUCAAAAACUACAGCUCUUGGUGCUCCUUCCAUUGCAAAAAGUCCCAAAUUCGGCUCUCAAAGACUAGGCAAGGUCUUGAGGUUCUUCGCCGUGAGCUGUUGUAUGCAAGUCUCUAUUUGUUGAUUUGGGGGGAGGCAGCUAAUCUCCGCUUCACCCCCGAGUGUUUAUGUUACAUAUACCAUCACAUGGCCAUGGAACUUAAUUACAUCCUUGAUGGUCACAUUGAUGAAAACACAGGACAACCUUACGUUCCUUGGACUUGCAAGCAGUUUGGAUUUUUGGAUGGUGUUAUCACACCUAUUUACAGUGCGGUUAAGCGUGAGGUUGAGAGGAGUAGAAAUGGGACUGCCCCACAUUCAGCCUGGAGGAACUAUGACGAUAUAAAUGAGUAUUUCUGGAGUAGAAGAUGCUUCAAGAGGCUGAAAUGGCCUCUUGAUACAUCUUGUACUUUUUUCAGUCUUAGUGAUGAGCAAAGAGUGGGGAAAACGGGGUUCGUUGAGCAAAGGACAUUUUGGAAUCUGUUUAGAAGCUUCGACAGACUAUGGGUUUUGUUGAUAUUGUUCUUCCAGGCUGCUACUAUUGUUGCUUGGGAAAGAACAGAGUUUCCAUGGCAAGCUCUUGAAAGUAAGGAUGUUCAGGUGAAGUUGCUUUCUUUAUUUAUAACAUGGGCAGGCUUAAGGUUUAUCCAGUCAAUUCUUGAUGCUGGAACUCAAUAUAGUCUGGUUUCUAAAGAGACGAUGUGGAUAUGCGUGAGGAUGGUGUUGAAGAGUGUUGUUUCUGUUACUUGGACCAUUAUCUUCGGAGUGUUCUAUGGAAGGAUUUGGAGCCAGAAGAAUUCCGAUGGGAGAUGGUCAGAUGAAGCCAACGAAAGGAUUAUAUUCUUUCUCAAAACUGCCCUUGUGUUUAUUACUCCAGAGCUGCUCGCCCUUGUUCUAUUCAUUAUUCCGUGGAUCCGGAACCUUCUAGAAGAAGCCAACAUUCCGUUUAUGUACUUGAUAACAUGGUGGUUUUACAGCCACAUAUACGUUGGCCGUGGACUCAGGGAAGGGGUCAUCAACAACGUUAAGUACACACUGUUCUGGAUAGCAGUACUGGCUUCGAAGUUCUCUUUCAGUUACUUUCUUCAGAUAAAGCCACUUGUCACCCCAACAAAGGCUCUCAUGGAUCUCAACCACCAAAACAUAAAGUACAAGUGGCACGAGUUCUUCAGCAGCACGAACGAGAUUGCAGUUGUGAUGCUGUGGGUCCCGGUUGUCCUGAUAUAUCUUGUGGAUUUGCAGAUCUGGUACACGGUGUUUUCUUCAGCUGUUGGGGGCACAAUAGGACUUUUCUCACACAUAGGCGAGAUCCGGAAUAUAAAACAGUUAAGGCUCCGGUUUCAAUUUUUUGCAAGCGCAUUGCAGUUCAAUCUGAUGGCCGAGGAUCAGAUGAUAAAUGACAAGGCGACACUUGUCAACAAAUUACGGGAUGCUGUCCAUAGGCUGAAACUUAGGUACGGACUCGGGCAGCCAUUCAAGAAAAUUGAAUCAAGUCAGGUGGAUGCCACAAGGUUUGCCUUGAUAUGGAAUGAGAUAGUGAUAACCAUGAGGGAGGAAGACCUCCUGAGUGAUCAAGAGAUGGAGCUGCUUGAAUUGCCACAAAACUGUUGGGAUAUUAAGGUCAUCCGUUGGCCGUGCGUUCUCCUCUGCAACGAACUGCUUCUUGCUCUCAGCCAUGCAAAGGAGUUGGGGGAUGCACCGGAUAAGUGGGUGUGGUUCAGAUUAUGCAAGUACGAAUACAGACGGUGUGCUGUCAUCGAGGCUUAUGAUAGCAUCAAAUACGUAUUUCUUGAGCUCAUUAAGUAUGGCACCGAAGAACACUCCAUUGUCACGAAACUGUUCAAGGACAUUGAUGAUUCCAUCCGGUUUGAACAGUUCAUGAAGGUAUAUAAGACAGCAGUUCUGCCUCUGAUUCAUGAAAAGUUGGCGUCUCUAGUCGGGCUUCUGCUUUUGCCACAUCAGGACUUGAGUAAGGUUGUUAAUGUACUGCAAGCGAUAUAUGAACUCUCAGUCCGAGAAUUUCCAAGAGUAAAGAAGACCACAGUGCAGCUGAUACAGGAAGGCCUCGCACCCCGUAAUUCGGACCCCACCAUCUCUACAGGGCUUCUGUUUGAAAACGCCGUCAAUCUCCCCCAUGCUGAAGAUGUUUUUUUUUACAGGCAGCUAAGGCGACUCCAUACAAUUCUCACUUCCAGAGACUCAAUGCAUAAUGUCCCCAAAAACUUAGAAGCCAGACGACGUAUUGCUUUCUUCAGUAAUUCACUUUUUAUGAAUAUCCCGCGAGCCACCCAGGUUGAGAAAAUGAUGGCGUUCAGUGUCUUAACCCCUUACUAUGAUGAAGAAGUGGUAUAUGGGAAAGAAAGCCUUCGAAGUCCAAAUCAAGAUGGUAUCUCUAUCAUAUUUUACCUUCAGAAGAUUUACGAAGAUGAGUGGGCAAACUUUGUAGAACGGAUGCGUAGGGAGGGAAUGGAGGAUGAGAGCGAGCUAUGGAAUACCAGAGCAAGGGAUCUUCGUUUGUGGGCAUCUUAUAGGGGCCAGACAUUGUCACGUACUGUUAGAGGGAUGAUGUAUUAUUACAGGGCUUUAAAGAUGCUUUCUUUCCUCGACUCUGCAUCUGAGGUGGACGUUAGACACAAUGGGUCGCUGGAAGCUUCUGGAAAUCUAGAUGUUCCUCAAAAUCUUCAGAGGGCGAGGAGUAGCAGUGUGACACUUCUUUUUAAAGGACGUGAAUUUGGGGAUGCAUUGAUGAAAUUCACUUAUGUGCUGACCUGUCAAGUGUAUGGAAUUCAGAAGAGUAAGGGUGAUCCCCGUGCAGAGGAGAUAUCCUACUUGAUGAGGAAUAAUGAAGCACUUCGGGUCGCGUAUGUUGACGAGGUACACCUGGGGAGAGAUGCCGUGGAGUAUUAUUCUGUCUUGGUGAAGUAUGACCAAGUACUGAAGAAAGAGGUUGAGAUAUACCGCAUAAAGUUGCCAGGUCCAUUGAAACUCGGGGAGGGUAAGCCAGAGAAUCAAAACCAUGCGAUUAUCUUCACCAGAGGUGAUGCCGUUCAAACAAUUGACAUGAAUCAAGAUAAUUACUUCGAAGAGGCUCUCAAGAUGAGAAAUCUUUUAGAGGAAUUCAAAGUCCACCAUGGAAUCAGGAAGCCCACUAUUUUAGGGGUACGUGAAAAUAUCUUCACCGGUUCGGUCUCAUCCCUUGCUUGGUUCAUGUCUGCUCAGGAAACAAGUUUCGUCACCCUCGGACAGCGGGUUCUUGCAAAUCCUCUUAAGAUACGGAUGCACUAUGGCCACCCUGAUGUCUUUGAUCGAUUCUGGUUCCUGUCUAGAGGCGGCAUUAGCAAAGCCUCAAGGGUGAUUAAUAUUAGUGAGGACAUAUUUGCUGGUUUUAACUGUACUCUUAGAGGUGGGAAUGUCACUCACCAUGAAUACAUACAAGUCGGUAAAGGGAGGGAUGUGGGGUUGAAUCAGAUAUCCAUGUUUGAGGCUAAGGUUGCUAGUGGGAAUGGCGAACAAGUUUUGAGCAGAGAUGUGUACAGGUUGGGGCACAGGCUGGAUUUCUUCCGCAUGCUCUCUUUCUUCUACACAACUGUUGGCUUCUUCUUUAACAAUAUGGUGGUGGUGAUUAUGGUGUAUGCCUUCCUGUGGGGCCGUCUUUACCUUGCACUAAGUGGCGUUGAAGAUCAUGCCAGGAGCAAUGCCACCAAUAAUAAAGCCCUAGGGGCGAUUGUGAACCAACAGUUCUUGAUCCAGAUCGGCGCACUCACUGCCCUUCCUAUGAUAGUUGAGAACUCUCUGGAACACGGAUUCCUUUCGGCCGUUUGGGAUUAUCUAACGAUGCAAUUGCAGCUCUCCUCACUGUUCUACACUUUCUCAAUGGGAACCCGUGCUCAUUUCUUCGGUCGGACUAUUCUGCACGGCGGUGCGAAGUACCGGGCGACCGGGCGUGGUUUUGUCGUCCAGCACAAGAGCUUUACAGAGAACUACAGGUUGUACUCUCGCAGCCAUUUCGUGAAGGGGAUUGAACUUGGCGUCAUUCUCAUAGUGUACGCCUCAAACAGUCCCUUGGGCAGGGACACUUUUGUGUAUAUAGCCAUGACCAUCUCGAGCUGGUUCCUCGUACUGUCCUGGAUCAUGGCCCCUUUUGUUUUCAACCCCACUGGCUUUGACUGGUUGAACACUGUGUAUGACUAUGAGGAUUUCAUGAAUUGGGUUUGGUCUACCAAAGGAGUGUUUGCAAAAGCAGACCAGAGUUGGGAAACAUGGUGGUAUGAGGAACAGGACCACUUACGAAUGACUGGGCUUUGGGGAAAGCUUCUGGAGAUUAUAUUAGACCUGCGUUUCUUCUUCUUCCAGUAUGGGGUGGUGUACCAACUGAAGAUUACUGGUGGUAGAACGAGCAUUUCUGUUUACUUGUUGUCUUGGAUCUUCAUGCUUGCGGCUCUUGCAAUUUAUAUCGCCAUUGGAUAUGCAAAUGAAAAAUAUGCCAUGAAGCAACAUAUCUAUUACCGUUUGGUGCAAUUGUUGGUCAUUGUGCUUACUGUAAUGGUUAUUGUUUUAUUGCUGAAAUUCACUGCGUUUGAGGUCCUCGACUUCAUCAGUAGUUUGUUGGCAUUUAUACCUACCGGGUGGGGUGUUAUCCAAAUUGCCCUUGUGCUCAGGCCAUUUCUGGAGACUAGUGUGGUUUGGGUAACUGUUGUUUCCUUGGCCCGUUUGUAUGAUAUGAUAUUUGGGUUGAUCGUCAUGGCUCCCUUGGCCUUCUUGUCUUGGAUGCCUGGAUUUCAGUCCAUGCAGACAAGGAUACUGUUCAACGAGGCUUUCAGCAGGGGUCUUCAGAUUUCCCGGAUUCUUACCGCCAAGUCUUCAUAAACCGAGAUUUGGUUUCAUCUGUGAGUUUCGAGCAUGAACCCUAACAAUUUACAGAGAUUAUGGGCUGAUGAUGAUGGUCAAUCUGCAUUUGUGUGGAUUGUGGGUAUAUGAUAUAUAUUCCUGUGGAUUCCAGGCGGCUUCGAAUCCAGAUUUUUUAGAUAUUAUGUUCUAGACUUCUAGUUCAAGAUGAUCUUAGAGAGUAUCAUUGUGUAAUGUAAAUGAGUAGCAGAGGGGUCAUGGAACUUUAGAAUUAUCCUAUUUUUUUGUUCGUUUGUUGGUUUUCCUUUCAUUGAUCCGGCGGACCGGGGGGGCUUUAUACUUUCUUCACCUAUGAGAUUGAUUGGUGUGUGAAUCACAGCAUUGCAAAGUCACACAAAUCGUGCAGUCAAUUAUUGAUCGAAUCGGUUGCCCGACGAGAAUUGAAGUCCUCGUCAGUCAUCACUAAGCGCUUGUGCCGUUGGGGAUUUGAGAGGAGAGGUUAUUUUUAUUUUACUAGUUUAUUUGUUGAUCUCUCUGCUAGUUUUAGAAAGAUACAGUUGGUUGUGUUUUCUUAGGUGAAGGCGUUUAAAAGCUAGGUUUCCUUGGCAAAAAUUCACCUGUCUCACACUCUUACAUAGUGUGAGAUUGGUAGAUGAAAAUAUGAUCUUAAUGUGUAUGCCUAGUUAUUAAUGGUUGUAACUAUCAUUGGUACAAAUGGUAAUUUGCUGGAAAUGAGAUUAAUUUCAGUUGUAUUGGUCUGUUUAGAGCUUGGGGUUGCUUAGAAAAAGUAAUAACAAGCUGUUCAAUUUUCCUGCGUA